AUGACCGAGCGAGAGGCACAGUUUGGGGACACUACUCUGUCUCAAAAUCGAGUGUAUACGUGGGCCAGAGAAUUUAGGGAAGGCCGAGAACGUGUUGAAAACGAAAGUCACGGUCGACGCCCAAGGUCAAGUCUUACAGAUGACAACAUUAGUGCGGUUCGACAGCUUAUUGAAGGUGAUCGCCGGUUAACUGUUCAAGAAAUCUCGUCGGAAAUUGGUAUCAGCUACGGGAGUGUUCAGUCUGCAAUCACAGACCACCUUGGCUUCAGAACAAUUAGUGCUCGCUGGGUUCCGAGGUUGUUGACCGGAAAUCAAAAACAGGUCAGGUCGGAGAUUGCUGGGAGACUUCUGCAACGAUUUCAAGAAGAAGGUGAAGAUUUUUUGAGGCGCGUCGUCACAUGUAAUGAGACGUGGGUCCACCAUUACACUCCCGAAUUGAAAAUGGCAAGUAAGGAGUGGCGAAGGAAGGAUGAAGGCUGCCCAGUGAAAGCAAAAACUCGUCUCUCAGCCGGAAAAGUUCUUGCAACAAUUUUUGUUGACUCAAGGGGAGUUCUACUCAUUGAUUUUCUUCACGAUCAACGAACAGUGAAUGCGGCUUACUACUGCCAGGUGCUACAGUCAGCAAAAACCAGUUACCGGAACAAAAGACGAGGUGUACCCAUUAGAGAUGUCAUCCUUCUCCAUGACAACGCAAGGCCUCACACCGCAUUGUUGACAAGGGAUAAAUUGGAAGGAAUGGGGUGGGAAACUCUUGAACACCCUCCUUACAGUCCAGACCUGUCCCCUUGUGACUAUCUUUUGCUCCCCUGA